CUGGUCUCGUGACAAACAAACGGGGAGUGGAAAGGAUUGGAAGAGCUGGCGUGGUGUUGAGUACUCAGCUGAGCGAUGGACCUCCGAGUGGUGUGCGCCGUACUCCUUCCGCUUUUUGCGUUCACGUACGCAGAGCAGGUGAAAUUUGUGGACUGUGGCUCAGUUGCUGGAACAGUGGUCCAGGUUGAAAUUUCCCCCUGCCCAAAUCAGCCAUGCCAGCUUCACAAGGGAGAAUCCUAUUCUGUAAAUGUGACCUUCAACAGCGGCGUUGUGAGUCAGACCAGUAAAGCGGUGGUGUAUGGAUGGUUGGUUGGCGUCAAAGUUCCCUUCCCCAUUCCUAUCGAUGAUGGCUGCAAGUGUGGCAUCCAGUGCCCUAUUCAGCAGCAAAAAAGAUACAGUUACAUAAACCAGCUUCCUGUGAAGACAGAGUACCCCUCAAUAAAACUCGUUGUGCAGUGGGAACUGAGGGAGGACUCCGAAAAAGAUCUGUUUUGCAUCAAGUUUCCUGUGCAGAUAGUGAGCUAAGCUCCCGAAGGGAUAGUUUUCUACGAACUUGUUUUUAAAAUGUUGAUUCACUACUGACAUUUUAUCAUUUUGAUUGGUUUAAUUACUUGUUCUGUAAUUUUUAAUUUUGAUCAAUAUUCUCUAUAUUUCUGUAGUAAUUACUAUUUAGAUUGUAAUUAAAAUAACCUUUAUGCAAUUGAUUGAGACACUGAUUUGAAUUAGGUUAAUGUUUGCUGACCAGUGUUGAUUGAUCAAAUUAUUAACAUUCUUGUGCAAUAUUUCCACAACAUUCUGGCUGCUGUGUGGCUACAUUUUCUAACCUAAUGUAUCUAUUUUUUAUUGCACACAUUAAGAUAUAAAUUCAUAUUCUUGUAACAGUAAGUCGUGUCACAGGAACAAAUCUUAAUUGUACAAAGUGCUACACAUGUGCAUGUUUGUUUGUCUGAAAUAAAGUUUUAAGUAAACAGUGGUUUGGCAAAUGGUCAA